CCUGAGAAUGUAUUGUAUCUGCCUCUCACAUCACUAAAGUAACUGAAAGAAGAAGUGGUGAAGUAAUCAUGUAUGGAAAUGCAGUUGAACCUCUUUUAAUGUUUCAGUUAAAUAAGUUAACCGUUAGUAUAUUGUUUAAAACUGGGUUGGAUUCAAGCUUACACUUUUCUUUAUGUUCUGUAUUGUUUUGUAACACCUAAGGAAAAGUUGUUUAAAUUCAAUCACUCAUUUAGGUAAAUAUUUACACUUGAUAUGAGAGGUUCUAGCUAGGUAUCUGUCAACAUCUAAGAAAUGUUUCUCCUGCUGAAGCAACGUUAGACUGUCGUUUAGCGAAGCAGGCUCCUGCUGUUGACUGGGCAUCUGAUUGUAAGCAGCGCUCCCCAUCUGUAGGCUACCCUGUAAUUACACCGCAAGCUUUCCUUGCCAGUAAACUUUGGGACCGACUUAGAUGCCUCCAAACGGGGCACACUUAGGGAGUUAUAAUUCCGAAACGUUUUAAGGGCAUAACAAUAAAGCCAUGACACCCUUCAUUUGACUGUUUUGGUGGGUGUGCAGUUGGUCUUAUUAGACUAGAAAAGUCAGCUACCGGCAACUACGCGAUUGUGGUGUGGACGUUUGACCACUCCCUCCCUUUCCGAGCAAAUGGAACAUGCCAAAGCGGCAGCUCACUCACUCCUGCGCCUAUCUUUAGCCCCACGCCGCUUUCAUUGCUCUGCUGUGGUCUUCACCAGAUUUCAUUAAAUUAAAGAAAAUGCUAUCAUUGUUCAGACGUCCUUAUAGAUAUGUUGCGCAACUUUUAUAAAGUUUCCUUCAAACUUUUGUCGACAUGAUUUGGUAAACUAACUUAGAAGUUUCAGAGGAUCAACGCAGCUUGUAAAUUGUCAUUCGGGAAUGUUUAUUAUUUUUCUGGAAAAGAAGAGCUGAAGGAGUCCCUCUUGUUUAGUGGUAUGCCAACAACAUCAACUAUGGCCCAGUGGCUGCUGAACAUAUGGGGAGUUUUCUCGCUGCUUCUGCUCAUGGUGUUGGGAGAAUCAAAGGAUAUCCAUGUGCUGAAGUCUACAAUAUGGCCUCUGUAUCCUCACAAGCCUUUGCUGCUGGCUUGGAAUGCCCCAACGGAGGAUUGUAAGCCCCGUCAUGGUGUGGAUUUCCAGCUUGACCAGUUCCAGAUUGUGGCAUCUCCCAAUGAAGGCUUCACUCGUCAGAACCUGACCAUCUUCUAUAAGGACAGGUUGGGUCUGUAUCCUUACAUCGAUACCGAUGGCCAACUGGUGAAUGGCGGCCUUCCUCAGAAGGCCAGCCUUACACAGCACCGUGAGAAGCUUCCUGAAGGCGUUGCCUACUACAUCCGUGACCCGGCUGCUAAGGGGCUGGCAGUCAUUGACUGGGAAGAGUGGCGCCCUCUCUGGAUCCGGAACUGGCAGACCAAGGACGUAUAUCGGGAGCAGUCCCGCAAGAUGGUGUCGCAGAAGAACCCCACGUGGCCCAGCCACAACGUCAACAAAGUGGCCCAGCAGGAGUUUGAGAUGUCGGCGCGGCAGUUCAUGCUGGAGACCUUACGAAUGGUCAAGAACCUUCGCCCUGGUCAGCUGUGGGGCUUCUACCUCUUCCCUGACUGCUACAACCACGACUACCAGAACAGUCUGGAGAACUACACGGGCCGCUGCCCGGACGUGGAGGUGGCGCGGAACGAACAGCUGCGCUGGCUGUGGGCAGAGAGCACGGCGCUCUUCCCCUCCGUCCACAUGGGUUCAAAAUUGCGCGCCUCGCCUCUGGCCCGCCUCUUCGUCAGGAACCGUGUGCGGGAAGCCCUUCGAUUGGCCCAGGGUGGGGAGGGGGACGGCCCCACACGCCCCGUGUUUGUGUACGCCAGGCCUACCUAUGCCAAUGAUCUGCAGCUCCUUACACAGAGUGACCUGGUCUCUACCAUUGGAGAGAGUGCGGCACUGGGGACAGCAGGCAUCAUACUGUGGGGAGAUGCCACAUAUGCAGGGAACAAAGACACGUGUGUCGAACUGAGUGAGUACCUGCGUGGCCCACUGGGCCGCUACCUACUCAACGUGUCCACGGCGGCGGAGCAGUGCAGCCAGGCGCUGUGCGGGUGGCACGGCCGCUGCCUGCGCAGGAUCGCCAACACGGACACCUACCUGCACCUCGACCCGCUGACCCACAGCAUCCAAGAGCAGGGCGGCCGGCUGCGUGUGCUCCGGACAGGGGGAGAGCCGGGUGCGGGGGAGGAGAGGAGCCACUGGGCCCAGGACUUCAGGUGCCAGUGCUACAGCGGGUAUCAAGGCGAGGACUGUGCCAUGCAGGACCCCCAGCAGCAGAGAGGGGGCGCCGUGUCCGCUGUCGGGGGGUCGGCCACACAGCGUCUGCUCCUACUGCUGAUGCCAGUGCUGCUGAUGCUGCCGUUGCUGCACUGAAUAGACCAACCACAUAAGAAACACUCACACAAAUACAUGAAACACUCACACAAAUACAUUUCCAGGACUCCCAGGGUUCUGACACUCCCCCUAACAAGCACUUACACUUGUUCAGUGAAAACAUACAAAUCAUACUGACAGAAACACAAAAAAGGACAUGUUUCCAUGACAUCUGUCCAAAGCACCUCUCACUGCAGGAUCUGCUCCUGAGGUAAUUACUCACACUGCUCUCUGAACACACAUUUGUCAAGCGCAAACACACACACACACACACACACACACACACACACACACACACACACACACACACACACACCCCGGCCCAUACCUGAGUCAGAUGUGCUUGUGGAAGAUUAGCAGUAGACAGGGGAGCUCCAGUGGAAUUCCUGAGCAAACACAGUACUUAUGUUUAAGUCAGGGACAGUGAUGAAUUUUCAGGUGGCAGCUGUGCUUAGAUACCUGAAAUACCAUAGCUUAAGCGACCAGGGUGUACCCAUGUGCUGUGCAUGCAUAACCUAUGGAGUAGAGAAUCAACUAUGGUAGCAUGCAUGGCUUAGUGGAUUUGUUAAGUUAUUUGACCAUGUCGGUAUUGUUUGAGAGUUAUGUUAUCAGAUGAAUUAAAAACUUUGGAACUCAUGUUUUUUUCUUAUUGCAAGUAAAGGUAAACCAAGAAGCUUUUCUUUUCUCAGUAGAACACUGCAUAUUUGCCAGUAGAACACUGCAUAUUUGCAGUAGGCCUAUGCAUGUCUAGACUGUGUGUUUGUAGAUGUAGAAAUCUGUAGAAGAGACAAGUAUGUCAUGUUGACUGUUUGUUACCAUAGUACUGGACUACAAAAGUAAUGGGCUGCUAGCAGUUAGAUAGUACUUCUUUCCUUUUCAUGCAACUCCUGUGUUUAUAGUCAGGCUAAAGUCACAGCCAGUUAUGUAUGUUGCAGUGCCAUAGUUUGCCUUAAAGGACAACUCCGGUCUAAGAAUGAGUGAAUGAUUUGAUUUAUUACGCAAAGUUUUGUUUAAGACCAGUGUCAUGACUUAGCUACUGUCUUAUUGAUGAAAACAAAAUACAUCAGAAACAUUGAACAAAAACACACAUGCACAUUCACCGUCAUGUAAUCCACACAGUUUGAUGGACUCCAAACAGGAGCACUUAUGUCUCAUUAUUACUGGAAAGGAAGUCGCUUGAACUCUAAAAGUGGAGGUUGUUUAUGGUUGUGUGUUUGUUUUUGCUGGAAAAGGACAGCGUUUAGCCUCUUUCUGCUUUCCUGUGCAUAAUUUUCCCAUGAUCCCAAAGUUUGAGGACAAUAUUUUUACUUGUUUGUGUGAGUUUCUGAGGAGGAUGCACCAGAUAUUGUAAAUGAGCUGUUAUGAUCUGUGGUUCAAACAAGUUUGCCCCAUUAUUUUUUACAAUUUUCAGAAAACAAUGUAUGUGUUUGCCUUUUAUGACUUGUUUGUGUAUGUGCUAACAAUGAGAGGGAAUGAGCAAGAGUGGUGAUCAUUGUUGAAUAUUUAAUAUUAUGAUCAGGGCAUCGUAAGGUUUAGGAACUUGUACUGUUUUUGGUACACCAGAUGUACACUGGAAAAAGAAAGAUUUUUAAUUAAUUUUAAUUGUAUGGGUGAUAGCUGGAACAUGUCAAUAAAUCUACAUUUUUGAUAUGCUCUUGAUCUUG